UCAAUUUCAGAGAAGAAGCCUGUGUGAACCAACCCUUUUACUUCUUGUAGAUUUCAGAGAAGUAUUGUUUUCCCCACGCAAACCUUUGUGUUGGUUCUCAAAGCUUGCCUUUCAGUUUUUAACUACUUGAUGUAUUGGUUGAAAGAAAAGUCAGAGGAGUACAAUUGCCACGAAGUGAUGCUUGGUGGCUGUGUGGUUGGAUGUUACUAUCCUGAGGUAAGCUCGUCGUGACUUGCGAGUUGCGACACCCCAAGCCCCCAACAGCAUUGUUGGAUGCUAAUUCUACGGUUUUGUCCGUAUCCACAACUCAUUGCACAUAAAUUGUGAUUUCGCAUCAUUCGGUACAUCAUUAACUCAUCUGUGUAUAUGGAGGUCACGUUGGAUGUAUGUAUCUAAGGCGCUCCUAGGAAGACAAAAGUUUUGCAUCCUUAAUUUCAGAUGCGCUUUCUGCAAGCUAACUAGAGACUGGAGAUGAUUGAGCUGCGCUGCGCCGCGCCAUCCUCUUCUCUGAAUUGCCCUGAAGACUUAGGAGGCUCACAAAUCUGAAGCUUAUAUAGAUCUGCACAGGCUUAAGGAGUGUUUGCUUCGUAGCAUUAGUGAUUGGCAUGGAUGAAACCCUGCAAGCACUCGAUGAUCUGAUCUCCCAGUUCCUGAGCCUGGACCGGUCCCUCUGGUCCAGUUCUGACGAUGCCGAGGCCUUCUUAGAAGCCGUGGACGAACUGACUUCCACCAUCCAUGGCCUCGAGAGCACCUCAGCGGACCAUGCGCUCCUUGAGAGCUUUGACCUCCUUCUAGAGCGAUGUUCCGCGAGGCUCAAGGAUGAGUUCCAGCGUCUGGUGGGCACAUCCGGCUUCAGCGACGACGACCAUGGUGACCGCAGUUCCAAGAGAAGCCAGAAUGAAGACGCCAACGACCACACCUUUGUAGCCCAGCCAGUCAGAAACUUUGACAUCAUCGUCGAUGCCUUGCCGGAGGGCGUAGUCACCGAGGCAAACCGAGUCGCGAGAAGGAUGAUUGCUGCCGGUUUUGGCGAUACGUGUGCGGAGACCUACGCCUCUGCACGCCGCAGCUUCAUUGACGAGAGCAUUGCUCGACUUGGGGUUGACGCUCAUUGGGAAGAAGAAGAAUUGUGCAAUAAGUCAACAACAGCAUGGGAGGAGCUCGAGACUCGGAUCAUGCGCUGGAUACCUGCAACACGCGUUGUGUUCCACAUCUUGAUCCCGAGCGAGCGUCACCUGUGCGACUGCAUCUUCGAAGGAUUCACAUCCUACGCUGACCUUGCCUUCGCCACCGCAUGCAGACCUUUCCUCCAACCCCUGUCCUUCGCUGAAGCUAUCGCUGCUGCUGCCGGACAUAGGCCGGAGAGUCUCUUCCGCAUGGUCGACAUGUACGAUGCCUUAACCGAUAUCCUUCCUGUCCUUGACGAAGCCUUGGAUCACGAGGUCGUGGCUGCUCCUCGUGAACGUCUUGGACUGUCAAUCAAGGGCAUAUUUGUGGCUCUAGAAAAGCUGAUACGCGGUGACCCGUGCGAGUCUUCGCCGCCAGAUGGUGGACUGCAUCCGAUAACCAGGUACGUGAUGAACUACCUCAUGGCAGCCUGCGUGUCUCGCCACACUCUGGAGGAAGUGAUGCUCGUGGAGUUCGGUCGUGCUGAUGAAACAUGUCCAGUCGACCCUGACCGUCCCACGUCGUCACUGGCGAUCUGCUUUGCUUGGAUCGUGGACGUGCUGAUAGCGAAUCUCGAGUCCAAAUCCAGGAUCUAUGGUCACGCUCCUCUUGGCUGUGUCUUCCUGAUCAACAACGGGAUCUACAUAAUCAAGAAAGUCAGUGGAUGCGAGCUUAAGAUCUUGCUGGGCGAGGAUUGGACCAGGGUGAUGUCUGCGAAGGUUCACCAGUGGGUGCUGGAGUACCGCCGGGCUACCUGGGGCAGGGCCGUAGCAAUACUUGAGACUGACAGAAGACCUGGCAGUAGUUCGAGUAGUGUUAUGCUAGAGAAACUGAACCGCUUCCAUACCUUUCUGGAAGCCAUCUGCCAGGUGCAGUCACGGUGGGUACUGGUGGAUAAGCAGCAGGCAGUGGAUCUGAGCGUUAUGGUUGAGGAGCUGGUUGCUCCGGUCUACAGGGACACAGUUGAGAUGUUGAAGGCAACAGAGGAUGUAGGGGUUUCGUAUGUGCGACCUGAGGACGUGAAGUCACGGAUUCAGAGGUUGUUCAAAGCAAUGGCCAAGUCAUAGUAGAGUGGCUUUCCUGGCUGCUCUAUGCUCUAUAGACAAUCUUUGUGUUGAUGUAUCUUGUUCUCACAUGUUCAGGCUAGUAGAGUUUUAGGGUUACAGGUUCUUCCCCUUCAUUGCUCUUCUCUUUUUCUCUCUUUGGCCUGCUUCAGUUUUGUAGCGGUGUUGUGUAAUUCUAUUCUUCUUAAUGAAAUGCUUGCCGAGGCAUUAUCAAGGCAUGUUCGUAAAAAAAAAAAAACUGACUCUCCUAUGCAAGGAAAAGUUCGAUACUAAACUCGCUCUGUAUGUGAUCAAACGUCUGCGAUGACUAAUAGAGCAUGAUGUAGCUAGUAUAUUAUUA